UCUCUGACUCUAGUCUCUUCUCUCGCCACUCUCUCCAGUGCUGUGGAGACGAAGAUUCUGGCGAGAGGCAAGGCUCUGGUGGCUACUGAUCUCAGCAUUUCAAUUCCAGAAGGCACCUAUGCGCGCAUUGCUCCGCGAUCAGGUCUUGCGUUGAAGCAUUCGAUUGACGUUGGUGCAGGGGUGAUCGACGCCGAUUACAGAGGACCGGUUGGGGUGAUACUGUUCAACCAUUCGGAUGUUGAUUUUGAGGUGAAGGUUGGUGACAGAGUUGCACAGCUGAUUUUGGAGAAGAUUGUGACUCCUGAUGUUGUUGAGGUUGAGGAUUUGGAUUCAACUGUUAGGGGUGAAGGUGGGUUUGGAUCAACCGAUGUUUGAAUUUAGGAAUUAGGGCUUGGGGUUCUAAGUUGAGAUUUCUCUGUUUUCCUGGGCUUAUAUUUUAUUUUUCGGAGGUAAUGACCAAAUCAGUACCCGAAAGAUUCAAACGCUGACAUUUUGGUACUUCACUAUUGUUAUUGACAAAAUGGUCCUUAAAAGAUUUUAAAAUUUGA